CGAGAUGAUGGAAGAAGGCGGCGUUACCGUUUGUGUGCGAGUGCGGCCACUUAUUGCCAGGGAAAAGGAAGACCUGGAUGAAAAAGGCCAAGUUUCAUGGAAAAGUGAAGACUGCACAGUAUCACAAACAGAUGGAACCAGGUCAUUUGUCUUUGAUCGUGUGUUCCACUCUAACAACAGCACAAAGGAAGUCUACCAAGGUGUGGCUGCUCCUAUUAUCAAGUCGGCCGUUCAAGGAUAUAAUGGGACUAUUUUUGCUUAUGGUCAGACCGCUUCAGGCAAAACGUACACAAUAUUGGGUACCAAAGAUGGUCCAGGUAUCUUAGCCAUGGCAAUUAAUGAUGUCUUCAAUACGAUCUGCAGAAUUCCAGAUAGGGAAUUCCUGCUCCGUAUAUCCUACAUGGAAAUUCAUAAUGAAACUAUACAAGACUUGCUAUGCAGCAACAAUAGGAAAAAGAAGUCACUGGUUGUUCGCGAAGACAUCAAUAGGAAUAUCUAUGUUGAAGAUCUGAAUGAAGAAGUUGUGGUUUCUCCAGAAGAGGUUAUAAGCUGGCUGAAGAAAGGAGAAAAAAACAGGCACUACGGUGAGACAAAAAUGAAUGAAAGAAGCAGCCGCUCUCAUACAAUUUUUAGAAUGAUCAUUGAAAGUAAAGAAAAGUAUACUUCUGGCUCGAGCUAUGAAGGAGCUGUAAUGGUUUCCCAUUUGAAUUUUGUAGAUCUGGCAGGAAGUGAAAGAGCCAGUCAAACGGGGGCUGAAGGGAUUCGACUUAAAGAAGGGUGUAAUAUUAACCGGAGCCUCUUCAUCUUGGGCCAAGUUAUCAAGAAACUUUGUGAUGAUCAGUCUGGCGGCUUUAUCAACUACAGGGACAGUAAGCUAACAAGAAUUCUCCAGAACUCCUUGGGUGGAAAUGCCAAGACUGUUAUUAUAUGUACAAUUACACCAGCAUCAUUGGAAGAGACUCUUAGCACACUCCAGUUUGCCAGUACAGCUAAAAAGAUGAAGAAUACCCCGAAAGUCAAUGAAGUUCUUGAUGAUGAUGCUCUUCUAAAGAGAUACCGUAAUGAAAUAGAAGAAUUGAAACGCCAACUGGAAGAAGUUUCGUCGUAUUCCCAAACCAAAGAUCAGUUAGCACAACUCUUGGAAGAGAAGAAUUCCGUUCAGAAUGAGCAGCAAGACAGGAUAAGAGCACUCACUGAGAUGUUGGUGACUUCAUCCUCUUUUUUGCGAGAACGGGAGCGAAAGGAUAAAAAGAAGAGGCGUGUGACCUGGGCCCCCGGGGCUUUAAGCCAAGAUGGGGGAAUCCCUUUCCUGGAAGACAUUCCUGGAAGAGCUAAGCGCUUCAAAAGUUCUUUGCCUUGUGUGACAGAGAUGGAAGAAUGUAAGUUCUUUUCCUCUGUAUCCUCGGACGUCUCCGACUAUGAAGAUCCACCCAGUGUUAUGCCUGAGGAGGAAUGGAUCCCGGGAUCGAAAAUAAGCUUUGAUAAUGCCGUCACUGAACAGCAAACUAUAAAAGCAAAAUUUGAUAGUGUGUGCUUGGAGAAAGAACAGCUGACCUAUGAACUCACAGAGCUGCAUGAGAAAAUAUCAACCCAUGAGUUUAUGGCCCUUGAGAAACAGGCUUCUGAAGAGCAGGAGUGCUUCAUAACUGCUUUGCUAUUUGCUUCACUUGCUCCACAGAUGCAACUAAUGCAUGAAAUUACCAACUUAAAGGCUAUAAUUUCAAAUGCAGAAAUAUACAAUCAAGACCUUCAGGUGAGCUGGUGGCAAGAAAUAAACUCAAAAGACAUGCAAUGCAAGAAACAGGAGGAAAGAAUCACAGCGUUGGAAGAGCACAAUAAGAAACUUAAAAGCCUUGUAGAAGAGUUUAAAAAAGACAAAAAUGAUUCAACCAUUUUAGUACAAACUCCAAGGAAAAACCGGGACGAAGUGCAAGAGUUAAAGCAGUCCCUCAGAGAUGCUGAAGCAGUUGCCCUGGAUGCUAAGAAAGAAUCUGCAUUCCUCCAAAGUGAAAAUGUAACAUUGAAAGAAAAAAUGAACCAGCUCUCAGAUACUUGCAAUCAAAUUGAAAAAGAUCUUGGAAGCUACAAGACCCAAUUAGAAAGAGGAAAAGCCAACUAUAAAAAAAUGCAGUCUGAUCUCCAGAAAGAGCUACAGUAUUACAUGCAAGAAAAUGCAAAGCUGACAUCACUGGUGGAAGUUAACAAUUCAAAAGACUUGCUACCAUAUAUGGAGUUGGAAGGGAAAAUGGAGGAUUUAAAAAAUCAGCUUAAUAAAGCCUUGGACGAGAACGUGGAUUUAAAGGAAAAGUUGGCUGGUUUAUCAGAAGUAAACUGUGGAUCAGAUCUUGAAAUCUUACAUAAAGAAAUUGUUGAAAAAAACGACACAAUUGCUUUGCUGAUGUCAGAAAAAGAAAUGUUGUGGUCUCAAGUUGCUGAAAAAGAGAGAAAGCUUAAUGAAGCAACUCAAGCGUUGGCAUCCAAAAUGGAUUUAGCCAAUGAUGAAGUGAUAAGAGGACACACCGUAGCUUUUGAAGAACUCAGACAGCCAUGUGAUAAAUUGGAGCAGAAAUUCUUGGAUGUGGCUGAAGAAGACAAAUCCAUGAAAACACAAAUAGAUUCCUGUUCCAAUGGAUGUCUCAAUACUUCCAUCAGUUAUAAUACCCAAGAGCAAUCUACCAAAAAGGAAGAAUUAGAGGAAAAGGGCUUGGAGCAAGAGGAGCUGCUCACCCUUAAAAAACAACUGGAUGAAGCGCAUGAAAAGCUGAGUGAAAUGGAAGAGCUCAAAGAUCAGUUGAAGGCUUGGGAGUCCAAAAUGGAAGCCGAGGAGGCACAAAAGUCAGACAUGAUGGAAAGACUUCAGGAGGAUAAAGAAAAAAUAAGAGCCUUGACCCAAGAAAGAAAUGACUUCAAACAAAAACAGGAAGCCCUUGAGAAGGAGAGAGAUCAACUCAAAGAAGAUAUACAAGAUACCGUCUCGAUGCAAUCUACCAAAAAGGAAGAAUUAGAGGAAAAGGGCUUGGAGCAAGAGGAGCUGCUCACCCUUAAAAAACAACUGGAUGAAGCGCAUGAAAAGCUGAGUGAAAUGGAAGAGCUCAAAGAUCAGUUGAAGGCUUGGGAGUCCAAAAUGGAAGCCGAGGAGGCACAAAUGUCAGACAUGAUGGAAAGACUUCAGGAGGAUAAAGAAAAAAUAAGAGCCUUGACCCAAGAAAGAAAUGACUUCAAACAAAAACAGGAAGCCCUUGAGAAGGAGAGAGAUCAGCUCAAAGAAGUUAUACAAGAUACCCUCUCAAUGCAAUCUACCAAAAAGGAAGAAUUAGAGGAGAAGGACUUGGAGCAAGAGGAACUGCUCACCCUUAAAAAACAACUGGAUGAAGCGCAUGAAAAGCUGAGUGAAAUGGAAGAGCUCAAAGAUCAGUUGAAGGCUUGGGAGUCCAAAAUGGAAGCCGAGGAGGCACAAAAGUCAGACAUGAUAGAAAGACUUCAGGAGGAUAAAGAAAAAAUAAGAGCCUUGACCCAAGAGAGAAAUGACUUCAAACAAAAACAGGAAGCCCUUGAAAAGGAGAGAGAUCAGCUCAAAGAAGUUAUACAAGAUACCGUCUCGAUGUCAAAGCAAUCUACCAAAAAGGAAGAAUUAGAGGAGGACGGCUUGAAGCAAGAGGAGCUGCUCACACUUAAAAAACAACUGGAUGAAGCGCAUGAAAAGCUGAGUGAAAUGGAAGAGCUCAAAGAUCAGUUGAAGGCUUGGGAGUCCAAAAUGGAAGCCGAGGAGGCACAAAAGUCAGACAUGAUGGAAAGACUUCAGGAGGAUAAAGAAAAAAUAAGAGCCUUGACCCAAGAGAGAAAUGACUUCAAACAAAAACAGGAAGCCCUUGAGAAGGAGAGAGAUCAGCUCAAAGAAGAUAUACAAGAUACCAUCUCGAUGAAUAUUGAAGCCCAGGAGGGCUUCAUGAGUGCCCAGAAUUCUUUGAAGCAGUGUCAGAAGUGCAUCAAAGAACUUAAAGAAACCAUUGCAGAGAAAGACAAACAGAUUUCAAGAGUUAAGGAAACUUUAGAGAUCACAAUUGAUGAUCAGAAACAACAGAUAUUGCAGAUACUGCAGAUUCUGAAAUUAACAGACGACUUGAAAGACAUCUCGGUUAACCAAAUUCAAAAUGAAGACGUCAACAAUGAACUUCAGUGGAUUAAGGAGCAGAUUGCCACUCUCCAGCAAGAGAAGGUGGCAUUGCAACAUCAACUGGAGGAUUUGGAAAAGGAAAAGAAUCAGUAUCUAGAAAGCUACCAAGUGCUACAAACGAAGUCUGUUGACCUGCAGCAGUUGCUCCAGACGAAUCAGAAUGCAGAAAGUUUUGAUGACGCAGAGCAGCUAAAAAUUAGUCUUGAGUCUCAAGUGGAAGUCUUGCAGAAGGAGAAUGCUGAGCUGGUUCAGAAGCUUCACAGCACUGAAGAAGACAUUAAAAAUAUUGGCCAAGAAAAAGAGCAUUUGAGAAUAGAGGUAGAGGUUCUUCGAGCCGAGAAGGAUACCAUGACUCAAACUGUCUACCAUCUAGGUGAGACUCUAGAGAAGCUGGUUCCAAUGAAUUUGGAACUGCAGGAACAAUUGAAUGAGGCUAAUAAUUCUCUCAGAGAACAUAAGGAAAUGGUAGAAGAACUGAAAGGAAAAACCAUAGCCACAGAUUCUCAGACUUCAAAAAUUGACGAGGAAUUGAAACAAAAGGCUGAGGAUACUCAAUUAGAACUGGAGAAGUUGUUAGCAUAUGUAAAAUUACAAGAAGAUGAGGUUAAUACACAGAAGAAUUUAGUUCUUGAGAAACAACAGAUGUUUCAGAGACUUGAAGAGGAAUUUAAAAGAAGAAACAAAAAAACUAAAGAAAAGCUCCAAUACCUAGAAAACAAUUCUCUCGAGCUGCGGCAACUGCUCUGCCUGAAAAAAGAAGAGAGUCAGCAGAAUGUAGAGAAGACGAAGGAUGAUGAACAGCUAAGUAUCUCUGAGUCUCAAAUGGAAGCCUUGCAGAGGGAGAAAAACGAGCUUGUUCAGACGCUUCAGAGCAGUGAAGAAAACGUCAAAUACCUCAGCCAAGAAAAAGAGAAUCUAAGAACAGAAAUAGAGGUUCUUCAAGCCGAGAAGGAUAACAUGAUUCAAACAGUCCAUCGUCUGAGUGAGACUAUAGAGAGGCUUGUUCCAGUGAAUUUGGAACUGCAGCAAGAACUGAGGGAGGCUAACAAUUCUCUCAGAGAACAUAAGGAAAUGGUAGAAGAACUAAAAGAAAAAAUCGUAACUACAGAUUUUCAGACUUUAAAAGUUCAUGAGGAGCUGAAGAAAAAAAGUGAGCAUAGUCAACUUGAACUGGAUAAAUUGUUGAUAUAUGUAAAAUCACAAGAAGAUGAAGGUAAAUACCAGAAGAAUUUGGUUCUUGAGCAACAACAGAUGUUUCAGAAAUUAGAAGAAGAGAUUAAAGAAGAAACAAAGCACCUACAAGAAAAAAUAAUAAAAUCAAAUGAAGAGGUAAGAGGUCUUACUGAGGAAAAGAAACAAUUGACAGCCGAAUUGAGGGAGCAGGAGAAAUGUGUCCAACAGCUACUGAAAGAAAAGACCUUGCUUCAAAAAGAGAGAGAUGACCUUCAGCAGGUUACGGAGAACAUUAAGGAAGAAAUUCAAAGCCAGCUUCAGGAGACCUCCUCUGAAAACGCUGCAAAGAUAAUAAAAUUAAACAAAGAGGCCAGCAGCCUUAAUGAGGAAAAGAAACAAUUGACAGCAGAAUUGCGGGAGCAGGAGAAAUGUAUUCAACAGCUAUUGAAAGAGAAGGCAUUGCUUCAAAAAGAGAGAGAUGACCUUCAGCAGGUUAUGGAGAACAUUAGGGAGGAAACUCAAAGUCAAUUUCAGGAGACCUUAUCUGAAAACGCUGCAAAGAUAAUAAAAUUAAACAAAGAGGCAAGCAGCCUUAAUGAGGAAAAGAAACAAUUGACAGCCGAAUUGCGGGAGCAGGAGAAAUGUGUUCAACAGCUAUUGAAAGAGAAGGCAUUGCUUCAAAAAGAGAGAGAUGACCUUCAGCAGGUUACGGAGAACAUUAAGGAAGAAACUCAAAGCCAACUUCAGGAGACCUUCUCUCAAAAUGCUGGAAAGGAGUCUGAAAUGAGUGUCCAGCGAAAGAUGCAAGACUGCUUUGAAAUCUUGGAAGCAAAAAUAUUCAGAAUAAUGGAGGCUCCAAAGAAAUUUCCAGAGCUGGAAAAAAGAUCUGAAUAUUUCAUUAAAAUCUCUCUUCAGAUCAAGAAUCUGUAUGAUAGCAAGAAAGCCUUAAUAACCAAGGGGCUUCCUGACAUUUCUCGCCAGGAAGCCAAUAACAUCAAAAGGCUUCAAAUAGAAAAUGAGCGCAUAAGUAACAGCCUCUACAGCUUGUUGAACAAACUUCAGUACUUUUUUGCCUGCUUGUGUGACAAAAGAAAAGAAUACUAUACAAACGUCAGCCAGUACACAAGGGAGCUGCUUGAUGAGCGAAGAAAUCAACAUGCACUGCUAAUGCAAAUGCAGCAACUUGGAAAGCCUCACUUGGAACAGCAGGGAGAUGCAUCCCAGCAGUUUGGUGUCUCUGGACUGAUCCAGAGCUUGGAUGGUCUCACAGAGCAAAUUUCAAAAGAAGUUUCUGAAAUGGAAGAAGAACUCGGUAGCACAGAGGUUAUGUUACAAGAGUUGGAACGUGAGAACGUAGAGAUGGAACAGUAUUUGGAACGGUGUUCAAAUCAUUUUGAUUUGCAAGGCUUUAAGGCAACAAUAAAGCAAAAUACUGAAAAGUUUCGGUCCAUCAAUCAAUUUCUACAGCCCAAAGCUGAGCCCUAUUUUCAAGCUAGAUCUGCGGUGGAAGCCAUAAACACCAACUACUGCAAAGAGAUCGAUGCUACUCUGAAAGCAUGUAAAGAAGAAACAAAGGAACUGAUUCUACAGUUAGAUGUGUUAAAGAAAGGGCAAAAGUCCUGUUCUGUUCUUAAUAUGGCAGUAAAAGAAGAAAACCAUAACCUAGGGUGUAAUCUGAAAGCAACAGAACAAGAUACAAAGAAUCUACAGUUGAAAAUACAAGAUCUAGAAAGCAUAAUAAAUGAAGAAAGAAAAAAUCUCCAGGAAAAGGAGAAAACAAUAGCCAUACUAGAAAUGAAACUUAAAGUGAGAGGUUCCAGGAGCGAAGUCAUCAAGCUUCAAGCUGCAUUAGAGGAAAAAGAAAAUUGCUUAAGAAAUGCAUUAAGUGAGAGAGAAACACUCAAGGCCCAGGUGGAUAAAGGUGUUGGAUUAUAUAAGGAGAAAAUUGAAGACCUGACAACUCAGCUUGCUAAAGCCGAUAUGGCAAGAAUGAAGCAAUCCAAAUUGUUUGAUCGAGAAAUGGCAAAUGCCAAAGCUCUGGCAGAUCAUCGGGAAGAGCAGUUAAGAAAGUUGAAGGAAGAACUUCGUAAAGCUCAACAAGAACAGGAUAUAACAGUGACGUCUAACAAAGACCUUCCUCAGUCAUUUCUACCAAUUACUUGUGGUGGCGGUAGUGGAAUUGUACAGAAUACCCAUAUGCUAGUGUUAAAAUCUGAGCAUGCAAAGCUGGAAAAAGAAUACGCUCAAUUCAAGAAAGAACAUGACCUGCUGUUGUCAAACGUGCAUCACUUGAAAGAAGAAGUUAAGAAAUGGAAGGAGCGAGCUAUGAAGAGGAGGGAGCGUGUCUUGGGAGACACCAUUGAGGAGCAUAAAAUAAAAUCUCCAAAGAAAGCGCCAGUUUCUUCUCAUUUGGCAUUGCCAGCCUCUCCCUGCAAGGAGAGCUCCAUGCAGCCAAUCUUGCCUUUGGACACGCCACAGUUGAUGCCGUCGAACAGCCAAUCAAAUUUCUUUGAUAACUCAUGCUUAGGGAUUACUGCAAAUGCAAAAUUUGGCAAAACAGAAUCCGAAGAAAACAACUUUAAGGAUUGGCUUUCAUCAGACGAUAGAGGAGAUGUUUCUAAUUGCAAGACUCAGUGAUUGUCAGAUUUUUUCAUAGGUGCUGGGCAAGACUGACAGAUGCCACUUCAUUUUUCCUCUUCUGGCAAGAUGAAACUGAUAGCCUACAACAUAUGUUCCAUCAUACCCAUAUGUGUUUUUUACUCUUGUUUGUACAUCUCCAUUAGAAAAUUCAUUUUGUAUCGUGUUUUGUAUUGUAUUUUUAAAUGUAUAAAUAAAGUAUCUUUAUAAAAAUA